GUUUUCCGUCGAGCGCGCGGUAACUUUCGUUUUCCCCGCGGCGCGUCACGUCACGCCUCGCUGUCAUUAGACCUGAGUUGAAAGCCGAGCAUAGAAAGAAAUGGCACGGCGCGCCAUGAUGUCCCUUGUUCCUCCCUGGUCCUCCCGCGUUCUCUCAGUGGAGCUGGAUGGAGCGCCGUUCUACUUCUCCACCCAAGAGAAGCACCGCGGAGAGGAAGUGCCGCGCGUGUUCAGCGAAGCGCAGAAGGACGCGAAGCUUUACUCCCUCCUCGUCUGCAGCGACGACAAAAUCACACGCGCCAAGUAUCACGCACAGCUGAAAGACACGUUGUUGCGAGAGUUGCCUCCAGGGUGUCAUUUGUCUCCCAUGUCCUCGUUUGUGCCAAAUGUCAGGGAUUCCCUCUUAAAGGGUUACUUCGUAAAAGAUCAUUCGGAGAGCUCAUCCCCGACGGAGCGCCUUUUGAGGGAUUUAUCUCAGCGCGAUCCGGUGUUGGUGUGCUCAUACCGGAAACGUGAGGACAGCCAACUGUGGACUCAGCACCUGUGGUCUCGUGCGGACAUGCCAACGGAUUCCUAUGUGGUACCCUCAGAAGCGCCAGAGUGUCACCCAUCAACCCUCAACAUCAUCAACUCCGAUGUGUUCUACAGUUUUGAGGAGGCCUAUGACGUUCUCAACAAGUGUGGUGACAUCAUCCCAGAGGCGAUGUCUGUGCUGGAGCUGCUGCCCAGCGGAGCGGAGGGCAGAAGUAAACCAGACUUCCCUGUUAUUGUCAUAGAGGGCCUGGAUGCCACAGGUAAAACCACGCUGACGGAGUCUCUGAGGGAUGCUCUCGGGGCGUCUCUUUUAUACUCCCCUCCCCAGUGCCUGUCCCCCAUGCGGGCCCGCUUUGAUCGGGAGCCUCCCCUCAUCCGCAGGGCCUACUUCGCUCUGGGGAACUACAUCAUAGCAGAACAAAUACGCCAGAAGGGCACGGAGACGCCCGUCAUCGUUGACAGAUUCUGGCCCAGCACAGCAGCGUACGCCAUUGCCACAGCAGUGAGCGGUCAAGUGAGCAACCUUCCGGCAGAGGGUUCGGAGGUUUACCGUUGGCCCAGUGACCUGCUGCAGCCCAGCCUGGUGGUCUUACUCACCCUGCACCCUGAAGAGAGGAAGAGGAGACUGUGCAAUAGAGGUCAAGAAGAGAGUGAAGAGGAGAAAGAGCUGGGUCACAACCAGCUUUUCAGACUCAAAGUGGAGACGGCUUACCAGCGGAUCAGUGGCCCAGAAUUUGUCAGUGUGGAUGCUAGUCCUUCUGCAGACCAAGUGCUACAGCAAGUGCUGCUUUUAAUUAGGGCCAAAUGCCACUUGUAAACAGUUUUCCAUCUCCCCUGCUGUCGGCCAAGCAUCAAGUGGGCGCAGUACCUCCUUUCGCCACUGGGGGCCAGUAAGGUGUUGUGGAAGCAACCGGCUGGAGGAAUUGUGUCCAGAUCGGAGUGAGAAGAGAUUCUUUUCAGAAUGAGUAAAGGUUGAAUGGCUAGGGGCCAUAACUGCAUGGUACAAUCAGAAAUACAUAUUCAUGUAGACACACACAUGCAUGCACUGUUAUUGACGCGCGCACACACACACACACAAAAACUAUUGUGAAGAAAAGUGCACUUAACAGUAACUGCUGUUGUGACCUCUCAGAAAUGAGUCACAGUGCAGCCGCACUUAUUGACUAUCACUUGUAUGUGGACCGACACAGAGGGAUUGGAUGGUAACAUGUCUAAAAGCACCAGAGAGUUAGAUUUUAGUGAAGCACAUAAACCAAUCUCAAAAUAGACAAUAGAGCCACAAGAAUGAAAACAUUGAAAGACACAUUCAGAUAAAAUACUUUAACGAAAUCGCAUUUCAAAUUAAAAGAAAAUGGAACCAAG